AUGUUUCAGCGGCGUGGCACGUAUCUUCAGCGCCUGUCCAAGCUCUACUCGGACACCAAACAGUCCUAUGAGAGCGCCAAAGUCACCCCAGCGGCGGCGAAUGUCACGGACCUGCCCGAGCUGAGGGACUUGAGGCGUGAUUUCCAGAUUCAGCAGGAUCGGUUGCUGGCAUGGGGGAUGCACUGGACCGACGUUGGCGCUCCUUACUCCGCCCAGGGCGAUGUCGACAUCGACAAGAAAAUCGACCAGGCCGGGUUGGGUGAGGUGGUGGCCAGCGUCAUGUCGGAGAUCAAAAGGCUUCUGGAAGAGAGUGGCCGCCUGGAGCAUCCUGAACGGUAUGAGAUGAAGAAGUCGGCACGGGGUCCGGGGUCGAGUCCUGUGGCCCCACGGAGAGACUGGACCAGUCACGAGGUCAUGACCGGGCGUGCGCUGCUGGAGCAGCUGACGACCUGCAUCGACGUCCUCUAUAGCCUCGAGGAAUCAAGGAGGGCCGAUGAGAAGGGCGGUGACGCCAAACGGACGAAGCACGCGCAUGGCUCGCUUGCUGCCGAUGGUACCGACUAUGGCCCCCUGUACGACCACCCUCUACACAUCGAUUUCAACGGUCUCGAGUUCAGUACCUACUCCGCCCAAGCAGCUGACCCACCCCCAUAUGAUCCCGCCGAUGGCUCGGUGGCUUCGAGGGAAAGGUCGAUCGCCUAUUUUCGUCAGGCUGCUUGCCCCGUCCUUGUCGACUUUCUCACGGCCGACUGUCCACCUUAUGUUGUCGGAAGCGCCGAGGACGUCUUCGAGCUCCAUGAACUUGGCGAGAAGCUCUGCAAAGAUCGAUCCCUGUCGUGGUGCGGCCACCUGAGACUUCUCGGGUUCACUGUCGAUCCCAAUGGACCCCGUUGUGCCAUGGUGUAUGCCUUACCCGACGGACACGACCACAAGACUCUCCAGCAACACAGGACUCUUUUCUCUCUCCUAGCCACCAGUAACGUGCAAGAGGGCUCCUCGCCCGCUCUGGAAGAUCGCUUCCGACUGGCAUAUAAUCUCGCUCUGUCGAUAAUGGGCUAUUUCGCUCAAGGAGAAACUCAUCAGUACGUCAACAGCAGCAAUAUCCUUCUCAUCGGCAGCAGAGAGCAUAUGCAUCGCUCCCACGUGUCUAAAGAAUUGAGAUAUCCCUAUUUACUACAGUCGUGCCAGGACUUUCUAUCUCGGCUACAAGCAGAGGAACCAUUUGCAGCAACCAUCUACCGCCACCCCGACCACGAUAUUCACGCGUCUGAAGUUGUUCCUGCUUAUGACAUCUACAGCCUUGGCUUGCUUUUGUUGGAGAUUGGUCUCUGGAUCCCCCUACAGAAACUGUGGAAGCCCAAGUAUGACCGCCGACUUUUCAUGGAAAGAGUCCAGCGCAUCUACGCACACAAGCUGGCUUCAAAGUGCGGAAGCAAGUACAUGAGGGUUGUUCAGAAAUGCUUGCAAGCACCUGCGGAAUUGCAGUACAGGAACAACUAUGAGGAUGCUGGAGCGUUCCUACUUCAGGUGGCCAAGGACCUAUCACAAUGUUGCGCUCUCGAUGAAGAAGGGCCUCCUCCUGCCUCUGACAUCGAGACCUUUGAGCUCAUCAUCAUUGAGCAGAUGUGCAAGGCUGAAGAACAAGCUGCCGAGGAGGAGAAAAGACCCCAGAUACCACCCGACGACGUCAAGCCCGAGCUCCCUAAAAGGGCGAACUCAAAACGAAAGGCCGACGCGAUCCAGCAAUCCACCUUGCCAGCAGAGAAGCCUCUCCGAAAGUGGAGUGAUGUCGACAUCCCUCAAGAAGACCUGGACCAGUGGAAUACCAGGGUGAUGCCCAAGCUAGGCAAGAUGCUGGAGGCUGCUCUCAAGGAUUCGCCCGAAUCAUCUUGCAGCCUCAGUCUCAUGAUGUUCGGAAGUGCCCCUGAAAGCGCCAAGACCACCAUCUGCAUUCAAUGUCCACAGAUCAACAAGGUCCGUGAUGUGCUGAGGAGGAAAUUCCGGCCCAAGAAGGGAUGGGGCGUCGUCCUGCUCAACGGUGAAGUCAGACGAAGCGGCACCGGCAGAAGGAGAAAGCCGAGGCGAUCGGGGUAUGGUUCCAGUUGCUCGAAAUACAGAGGUCCUCAAGCCAUGGCACGAAGGCCUCUGGAGCAGAAGUAUCAGGAACGACCGACGAGUGGCGCCAGCAUUGGAGCCUUUAAAGAUUGCGAACAUCUUCCUCCUGUUUCCUUCGGUGGCACUAUCCUUGUUGACGGCGAACCUUAUGGAAUGACGGUGCAUCACAUGCUCGACCUUCCAAGCGACGACGACGGAGACGAUGAAGAUGAAAUCGAUGUAGUUCGACGCAGCGAACAGCAACAACAACAAGCUCGGCGAGCUGCAGCACCACGUAAAAUGCCUGGACAAUUUGACACUUCAGCCGAUGUACGUUUCAUGCAAUCAGAGGAAGACCUUUCGCGGUUUUCCGAUCUUGCCAUUUCUGACGAGGAUUUUGAAAACAACAGUGAUGAAGACGAUGACCAGAGUGAUGCCAGCACCAUCCGACCAGACUAUGCCAUCAUGGACGCGGACGGCAACGAGUUCUGGUUUCUCGAAGACAGCCCUCCCGGACUUGACGAUGACGACGGAUCCGACGAGGAAUCGUCGGAAGACGAAGCGGACGCUGACGACGCGGCCUCUAUCGGCGACAAAAGAGGUAUCGCACCAUAUUCAGACGACGAUCUCUGCGUGACUCAACCCGCCAUCGACGAUGUCGACGAAGACUUCUUUCCUAGCGAGGAAGAUCGUGACGAUGACCACCUCGCGAGCCACGCGUUUGGGUAUGUCUUUGCGAGUAGCGGCAUUCGACGUGUCGUAAGAGGCGAAAUGAAGCAUGAAGUCGACUGGGCAUUGAUUCGGGUCCACGAAGACCGCUUGAAGAUCGAGAACGCCAUCCCUUUGCAGCAGAAGGGCACUGGCAUUCCUCCAACGUCCUCGUCACGACAAGGGUCUCGGAUGUCUCCCCAAAGGCGUGACCCCAUUCCCGUCCUCACAACAAUUACCCCCCUUUCUUCCCUCUCUGGCCUCCGGGUACAUUGCCGCGGUCGUUCAUCCGGUUUCAAACGGGGACGUAUCUCGCAGGCCAUGUCGCUGGUGAAAAUGCACGGCCGGCAAUCCUUCUCGGUGAGUUGGUGUGUCGAAGGCGGCUUCGGUAUCCCUGGCGAUAGUGGUGCCUGGGUCUAUGAUCCCGUCUCGGGCGGACUCUGCGGUCAUGUCUUGGCCUGGGGCGAGAAGAGCAAGACGGCGUACAUUGCGCCCAUGGAGGUGUUGUUUGAGGAUAUCAAGGGCCGACUUGGCGCUCGGUGCGUGGAGUUACCCGUCCCAGAAGGGUUGAGGAGGCGGAUGAGAGAGGAUGAGGGUAUUGGGAUGGGCACUACGAAUACGAGCGGUGGUGAGCAGGAGGUAAUAGUUGCUGCCAAGUUGAGAGACAUGAGGCUCGACAACAACACCACCAAUGCUACCGUCGGUUCUGGGUCUAGUACUACUGCUUCUGCUUCUGCCUCGGGAGCACCUGGUGGCGGAGGCAAGACGAAGCAGGUCGUCGGCGUUCGGCCGCUGGUCAUGGCUGGCGCGGUCUCUUGA